UUUUAUUCUUAGAAGUCCAGAAACGUCGUCGACAUCCAAAACUGAAAGGAUAUUCCCCAAAACCCGCUUUCAAAAUUUUUGUUCCCACCUCAUCCUUUCUUCUACACUCUCCACCUACCUAAAAAGGUGCACGACCGCCCUUUCCUUGUCUCUCUCUGUUUCUCAACUUCAUUAAUUUUUUUCCUUUUCCUCUUAAUUUCUGCUUUUAAUUGAUUUUGUUUCUCUUUUGGGGGCUGAUUUAGGGUUAGGGUUAGGGUUUUUGAAUUCCCCAAACCACUGAGAAAUUUGGGAGGGAAAAAAAGAUGCAGCAGCCACCGCAAAUGAUCCCCGUCAUGCCUUCAUUUCCGCCCACCAACAUCACCACCGAGCAAAUUCAGAAGUAUCUUGAUGACAACAAAAAGUUGAUUCUGGCAAUAUUGGAUAAUCAAAAUCUUGGAAAACUUGCCGAGUGUGCUCAGUACCAAGCUCAGCUUCAAAAGAAUCUGAUGUAUUUAGCAGCAAUUGCCGAUGCGCAGCCACAGGCACCAGCAGUGCCUGCCCAGGUGGGGAUGGCCCCACAUCCUGCCAUGCAACAGGCGGGAUAUUACAUGCAACAUCCUCAGGCAGCAGCAAUGGCUCAGCAACAGGGUAUUUUCCCCCCAAAAAUGCCGAUGCAGUUCAAUAACAUGCAUCAAAUGCAUGACCCGCAGCAGCAGCAGCAGCUACAUCAGCAGCACCAACAAGCCAUGCAAGGGCAAAUGGGAAUGAGACCCGGGGGGGCCAACGGCAUGCCUUCCAUGCAUCAUACUGAGGGCUCAUUUGGUGGUGGUAGUGGCGGCCCAAACUCAGUGGGAGGCCCAAAUGAUGGGCGUGGAGGAAGCAAGCAAGACGCCUCGGAUGCUGGGGCCGGUGGUGAUGGCCAGGGGAGCUCAGCUGGUGGGCAUGGCAACGGUGAUGGAGAGGACGGCAAGUGAAUUGGCCCUUAAGGAUGAUUCCACAUGGAAACAUGUGCCUGUUGAUAGUAGGUAUUUUCCUAAAGUAGCUGCUGUGCUCGGUGACGUGUGACAGAUCGAGCAAAGCAGUGAAAGUUGUCUGUUCUUUAGUCUUGAAGGGAUUAGGUAGACGAGUUGUGUUGCAAGUCCCUUUGCAUGUAGUGGAUCUUGGCAUCAGAUGAAACAAGUGGUGGGAUAAGACAGAUUUAGUUCAUAAGGGCUUUGGAGAUGGAAGCAUGUGUUCUGCACUUGAUGUCUGUCUCAAUAUGUAACUCAUAAACUGCAUGCAGCAAUGCGCCACAAAUUCUGAUCCUAUUGCAAGUUUUGCUGGUAGGUUUUCGUUUUGCUUUUUCGGUCGUUAUGUGUACGGAUUUCUUCUUUAGCAAAAAUGACUUGAUGUCAACAAGGUCAGAGUUCUAAGAUUGAAGUUUUAAAAGGCUUUGAAUCUC